CGGUGUUUGUUGAGUCGUGAAGUACCAGACGUGUCACUAUGGAAAGUCACACCGAGAAGAACACCCAAGGGAGUAAAGACUUGCUGCAAAGUGGCCGGCUAGAGAACAGCAGGGGGUGCCAAGAUUUGCUAGGUUGUAAGAGACUUCUGUUUCAUUUGCAAGCAGGUGACAUCACGCAGAAGGGUUAUGAAAAGAAAAGAUCGAAAUUAAUAGGAGCCUAUCUGCCUCAGCUCCAAGGGGUUGAUCAAGUAUUGCCACCAGAUCGUAGAACGCCUGUCACCCCUUCCUCUUCUUCUAGAUAUCAUCGUCGGCGCUCUUCUGGCUCACGAGAUGAACGUUAUCGAUCUGAUGUACAUACAGAAGCAGUCCAAGCAGCACUUGCAAAGCAUAAAGAAAGGAAAAUGGCUGUACCCAUGCCAUCAAAACGUCGCUCGCUUGUGGUUCAAACCUCAAUGGAUGCAUACACACCCCCAGAUACCUCUUCAGGGUCAGAAGACGAAGGUUCAGUACAAGGGGACUCCCAGGGAACUCCCACCUCAAGCCAGGGGAGUAUAAACAUGGAGCACUGGAUAAGCCAAGCAAUCCAUGGAUCAACCACAUCAACCACUUCUUCCUCCUCAACACAAAGUGGGGGUAGCAGCGCUGCACACAGAUUAGCAGAUGUUAUGGCCCAGACGCACAUAGGAAAUAGAAGGACAGAUGAUCAGUAUCACAUUGUGCAUUCCAUCAAGGAACACUUUCAAAAUAAGUCUUGUGACACAAGUGGUGGUGGCUUUUUCUUAACGUCAAAUGGACAGAAUCAGGCGAGUGCUAAAGGUGCUUCUUGCCUUUGGCAAUGUACACCUAGAAAUGAAAACCAUUCAGCCCCUCCAGAUGUUACCACAUACACCUCAGAUCGCUCCAUACAAGUAGAAAGGCCACAAGGAUCAACAUCACGGGUCACCUCCAAGUACGGGAAUGCUGAACUUAUGGAAACAGGUGAUGGAGUUCCAGUAAGCAGUAGAGUGUCUGCAAAGAUCCAGCAACUUGUCAACACCCUAAAAAGGCCCAAACGGCCACCUUUACGGGAGUUCUUUGUGGAUGACUUUGAAGAAUUAUUAGAAGUUCAACAGCCAGACCCAAACCAACCUAAACCAGAGGGAGCACAGAUGUUAGCCAUGCGCGGAGAGCAAUUAGGAGUAGUCACAAACUGGCCACCUUCACUUGAAGCAGCACUACAGCGAUGGGGAACCAUAUCACCUAAAGCUCCCUGCCUUACCACUAUGGAUACAAAUGGAAAACCACUCUACAUCUUGACCUAUGGUAAACUAUGGACCAGAAGUAUGAAAGUUGCCUACAAUAUACUGCAUAAGCUGGGAACAAAGCAAGAGCCAAUGGUCAGGCCUGGAGAUAGGGUGGCCCUCGUCUUUCCAAAUAAUGACCCUGCUGCGUUUAUGGUGGCGUUUUAUGGCUGUCUGUUAGCUGAAGUUGUUCCAGUUCCCAUUGAAGUGCCACUUACAAGGAAGGAUGCAGGAAGCCAGCAGAUUGGUUUUUUGUUAGGAAGCUGUGGUGUUACCGUGGCCUUGACUAGUGAUGCCUGCCAUAAAGGACUGCCAAAGAGUCCGACCGGGGAGAUUCCACAGUUUAAAGGUUGGCCAAAACUGCUUUGGUUUGUCACAGAAUCAAAACACCUGUCCAAACCUCCUCGUGAUUGGUUUCCACAUAUCAAGGAUGCAAACAACGAUACUGCCUAUAUAGAGUACAAAACGUGUAAAGAUGGCAGCGUGCUGGGAGUGACUGUGACCAGAAUUGCCCUCCUCACACAUUGCCAAGCUCUGACACAAGCCUGUGGCUACACAGAAGCUGAAACCAUUGUGAACGUGUUGGAUUUCAAGAAAGACGUGGGUCUGUGGCAUGGAAUCUUAACGAGUGUCAUGAACAUGAUGCAUGUGAUCAGUAUUCCGUACUCUCUGAUGAAAGUGAAUCCCUUAUCCUGGAUACAGAAAGUUUGCCAGUAUAAAGCAAAAGUUGCAUGUGUCAAGUCGAGGGAUAUGCACUGGGCAUUGGUUGCACAUCGGGAUCAAAGAGACAUCAACCUGUCCUCUUUACGCAUGUUGAUUGUGGCUGAUGGCGCAAAUCCCUGGUCCAUUUCUUCUUGUGACGCUUUCCUAAAUGUCUUCCAAAGUAAAGGCCUGCGACAAGAAGUCAUUUGUCCUUGUGCCAGUUCACCAGAAGCUCUUACGGUGGCCAUAAGGAGGCCGACUGAUGACAGCAAUCAGCCUCCGGGUAGGGGGGUGUUAUCAAUGCAAGGACUCACCCAUGGGGUUAUUAGAGUGGACUCAGAGGAAAAGUUGUCUGUACUUACCGUGCAGGAUGUUGGGACAGUGAUGCCUGGUGCUAUUAUGUGUUCAGUGAAACCUGACGGGGUCCCACAGCUGUGUCGGACAGAUGAGAUCGGAGAACUCUGUGUGUGUGCUCUCGCUACAGGUACAUCCUAUUAUGGCCUCUCUGGUAUGACCAAGAACACCUUUGAGGUUUUUCCAAUGACUGGCUCGGGAGCACCAAUAAGCGAAUAUCCAUUCAUAAGGACCGGCCUGCUUGGAUUUAUAGGACCAGCUGGGCUGGUCUUUGUUGUGGGAAAAAUGGAUGGCCUAAUGGUUGUGAGUGGACGGAGACACAAUGCAGAUGACAUAGUAGCAACGGCGCUGGCAGUGGAGCCAAUGAAGUUUGUCUACAGAGGAAGGAUAGCAGUUUUCUCAGUGAAUGUCCUGCAUGACGAGAGGAUAGUUAUUGUAGCAGAGCAGCGGCCCGAUUCCACAGAGGAGGACAGCUUCCAGUGGAUGAGCAGAGUUCUACAGGCUAUUGACAGUAUACAUCAAGUUGGAGUUUACUGUUUAGCUCUGGUACCAGCAAACACACUCCCCAAAACUCCUUUAGGUGGCAUUCACCUGUCAGAGACCAAGCAACUGUUCCUCGAGGGGUCACUCCACCCAUGUAAUGUGCUUAUGUGCCCUCACACAUGUGUAACCAACCUUCCUAAACCAAGACAAAAACAGCCAGAAAUUGGCCCUGCCUCUGUGAUGGUGGGGAACCUUGUCUCUGGUAAAAGGAUUGCACAGGCCAGUGGAAGGGAUUUGGGGCAGAUAGAAGACAAUGAUCAGGCCAGAAAGUUUUUAUUCUUGUCUGAAGUUCUACAAUGGAGAGCUCAAACAACGCCUGAUCAUGUGCUUUAUACGUUAUUAAACUCCAGGGGAACAAUAGCCAACUCUCUGACAUGUAGCCAGCUGCAUAAGCGAGCAGAGAAGAUAGCGGUGAUGCUAAUGGAAAGGGGGCACCUACAAGAUGGAGAUCACGUGGCUCUGGUGUAUCCUCCAGGUAUAGAUCUGAUUGCAGCAUUUUAUGGCUGUCUGUAUGCAGGCUGUGUGCCAAUAACGGUGCGACCUCCACACCCUCAGAACAUUGCAACAACGCUGCCAACGGUGAAAAUGAUAGUAGAGGUGAGUCGCUCUGCUUGUUUAAUGACUACGCAACUCAUUUGUAAGCUGCUAAGGUCAAGAGAAGCAGCAGCAGCUGUGGAUGUUAGAACGUGGCCUCCGAUCUUGGAUACUGAUGAUUUGCCAAAGAAAAGACCAUCCCAAAUCUACAAACCCUCUGACCCAGAGACAUUGGCUUACCUUGAUUUUAGUGUAUCUACAACUGGAAUGCUUGCUGGGGUAAAGAUGUCCCAUGCAGCCACUAGUGCCUUCUGUCGAUCCAUUAAACUUCAGUGUGAACUCUACCCAUCCAGAGAGGUUGCUAUUUGUCUGGACCCUUAUUGUGGACUGGGCUUUGUCCUAUGGUGCCUCUGUAGCGUAUAUUCAGGACACCAGUCUAUUCUAAUUCCUCCCUCUGAGCUGGAGAUCAAUCCUGCCUUGUGGCUUCUCGCUGUGAGUCAGUACAAAGUGAGAGACACAUUCUGUUCCUACUCGGUAAUGGAACUUUGUACCAAGGGUCUUGGCUUGCAGACUGAAUCCCUAAAGGCACGGGGCUUGGACCUCUCCAGAGUACGGACCUGUGUGGUAGUGGCUGAGGAGCGCCCUCGAAUCUCUUUAACCCAAUCUUUUUCAAAGUUAUUUAAAGACCUGGGCCUCCAUCCGAGGGCUGUAAGCACAUCCUUUGGCUGCCGUGUUAACCUAGCCAUAUGUUUACAGGGAACAUCUGGACCAGAUCCCACAACUGUGUAUGUGGAUAUGAGGGCGUUAAGACAUGAUCGAGUCCGGUUGGUAGAAAGAGGAUCUCCGCACAGUUUGCCGCUCAUGGAAUCUGGAAAAAUCCUUCCAGGAGUUCGUAUAAUAAUUGCAAACCCAGAAACAAAAGGACCCCUUGGAGACUCACAUCUUGGGGAGAUUUGGGUUCACAGUGCUCAUAAUGCCAGCGGGUACUUCACAAUUUAUGGAGACGAGUCCUUGCAGUCUGAUCACUUCAGUUCCAGGCUCAGUUUUGGAGACACGCAAACCAUCUGGGCAAGGACGGGUUAUCUGGGGUUCUUAAGAAGAACAGAGCUAACAGAUGCAAAUGGCGAACGACAUGAUGCCCUUUAUGUGGUUGGGGCUCUGGAUGAAGCGAUGGAACUUCGAGGGAUGAGGUACCACCCUAUAGAUAUAGAAACAUCUGUGAUCAGAGCCCAUAAGAGUGUAACAGAAUGUGCUGUUUUUACCUGGACAAAUCUGUUGGUCGUCGUUGUUGAACUUGAUGGCUCAGAACAAGAAGCUCUGGAUCUAGUACCACUGGUCACCAAUGUGAUCUUGGAGGAACAUUAUCUUAUCGUAGGUGUGGUUGUGGUGGUGGACAUUGGUGUCAUUCCUAUCAACUCCCGUGGAGAGAAACAGCGUAUGCACCUACGAGAUGGGUUUUUGGCAGAUCAGCUGGACCCUAUAUAUGUGGCCUACAACAUGUAGUCUUGUACUUUUAAGGCUUCCAUGGACUUAAUAAUAGAUGUAUAAACAUUUUUUUGUGUUCACUAAAAGGGAAAAAACAAACAAAAAAACAACGUGCAAAUAAGGGGAAAAUAUUUGUUGACAAUUGAGCAGUUUUUGUCAUUUUAACUUUCCAGUUUCUCAAAAAUUGGGCAGACAGAAUGUGAAAUGUGCUUUUGUUUCUACCACUACAUUUAGCAUCAAGAUUCAUUUGUUUUUUAUAACGUACUUUGUUGACAGACUGAGAACCAUCCUGUCUCCAAUGUGCAGAGACCUGUGUGACCCUUAAGUUGUUUUUUUUAUUAUUAUUUUAAAUGCCAAUUUUUAAAACCAGUUAUUUGUCUUAUGUUGCUAGACUGACCCAAUUGUUUUCAUUAUGUAGCUAUGUAUUUUAUGAAGGAUUUUUUUUAUUAUAAUGGAAAUAGGUUGAUUUAUAAAAUCUCUCAGUGACAAAGUUGCUACAGGGUUCAUAUUGUGUCGGGGAAACAAUUCGAUCUAGAUAUUUUAUUAUUCUUAGUCCUGUUGUUUUUUAAAAGGAAAAAAGGUACGAACGAGCAAAAUGCCUACAUUUCUAAUGACACACCAUGUAAAGAGAGAUGUAGUUCACCAUUUUAACUUUCUGGGUACUGGAUCAAAGCCAAAGUUUGUAAGCUGCUAAUCUGCCCAGUGUUUUAACCCAUUGAUAUCUGAAGGGAAACUUUUUUUCUUUUCUUCUUUCUUUCUCUUCUGAUACAGCAACAAUAAAUUAUUGGUUGCAAACCAACAUGCAAACACAUUAGUAUUUGGUGUGUUCUUUUGCAACCAGAAACAGACUUCUGUAUCCUUUUAAUGGCAAAAGAACGUCUUUAUUUAAUGUUGAUGCCUCCGCUGGGGCUGCAGACAGGCUGGUAGAGGUUAUAUUGUAAUUUAGCCAUCUCAAAGCCAAAUUUCUCAGCCCCAAAAGGUCGGCAUUGCUUCUCUUAAGUAAGCACACUAGUUAAAAAUUGCUGUUCAUCUCAGAUUGAGAGUAUAUUAUAACUAGCAAUUGUUAAUAAAAAUAAAAUUAAAAAAACAACAAAGUAUGCAUAAGGCGGACUUUGGCAAAUAUCUUUGUACGGAACUAAAAAGAUAAAAUAAGUUAACUCUCCAUAUGUAAUUAUGUAUAAAAUGCUUAAUUUAUUUUGAUCUCUUUAGAAGUAUAAAACAAAAACAGCAUUCAAGAAAGUAAAACUCUUGUAAUGUCUUCUAAUAUAAAAAAAAAGCGUUGUAUUAUCUUGAGUGGAUAGUAUCACAUCAAAUAUAUAUAUGAAAUUAUAAAUUCACUAAUGGGUUAUGUGGGAAGGGAUAUAUUUUAAUGUUUACGAUGCAGUACAUGUCACUUGCAUGGUGUCUCCCACUGUAUAUAACUGGGUGUUAUUCACAAUCUUUGUUGAAAACUGCAAUCGUGGAUUGCUUGUGUUCCCAUAUAAAAGAUUAUUCUAGAUACCAGCAAGUGGAUUUAAAAUACCAUCCUUUCGAUGGUUUAUAAAACGUAUGGCUGAAAUGCACUAUCAUUUUUCCUUUCUCCUAGAGAAGCAACAGUAGAUACAAUUGUAUAAUGUGUGUGCUGAACAGAGGAUACAUAUGAUAAUGUAUAAAAAAAUAAGAAUGUUGAGGAAUGAAGGCGGUUUUCAGAAAUGAAUAGUUGGAUGGGCAUCCUUGUUAUACAACGAGCUGACUCACACAUUUCGUGGGCAUUCAAUAUUAUUUAAAUUGUUAUGAUACAUUAAUAUACCCUUUAUUUUAUAUGACUUUUUGGUGAGAUUUUCAGAAAAUGUAGCUACAAACAUUCAGACCUAGUCUGCACUCCAUAUGGACUUAAAAUUGAAAGCCACCUAAAAAUAAAAAGGCAUAUGUAAUUGAAUCAUGUUUAAUUAUUUAUUUUUAUAUAGCAUCUCAAACUGCGGAUGACAUUGAUUGGCUUGUAACGUUUUCCUGCAAACUCUAUAUACAAUAUUUGUCUUCCGUCUGUAGUUUCCUGUCUACAUAUCUUCAUGCAGAGCUGUUUAGUUGCUCUUGGAUAUAUAUGCAGUGUGUGUGUGUGUGUAUAUAUAUGUGUGUGUGUGUGUGUGUGUGUGUGUGUGUGUGUGUGUGUGUGUGUGUGUGUGUGUAUGUAUGUAUGUAUGUAUAUUCACACCAAAACGAUUUCCAGUUAUAAUUGUUUCCAAUGCAAAAAGCACAGAAAAAGCUGUGUUUUAUCCCUGUAACAAAAUUACACAACUCUACCUGAUAAUGUAAAGACAUGUCUUGAAAGUACAAAUGAAGGGCAAAAAAAUUGGUAAAUGUAUAUACAGUAGUAACCACUGCAGAAGGACAUGCACAGUUAAUAAAAUAUACUGUAUGAUGGAAAAUCCAUUUAAAAGGAACAUUGACAAAUGUCUAACUGACUUAUUUGUGGAGAUGCAAUCUGUUUUGAAAUUUACUUAUGUAAUACCAUAGCUGCCAACGAUCCCUAAUUUUCAGGUAUAAUUCCGGGGUCUAAAGAUUUGUUCAUUAGAAUUUUUGUUCCUGGAAAGUCCUUCUCUUUUAAUAAUGACCUAUUUCAUAAAUUUUUAUUUUAUUACAGAAUUAUUUAAAAUGCCUAUUAUCAGACACGGUGGACAGUCCGCAAUAAAAAGUGUCACCUGUGUGAAUCACAAACUCAGCAGCAUCAAUAGAAAUUAGUUUUAAAUGUUGACAACUAUGGUAAUACCCAUCACCAGCUUUGCACCAAGAGGCAAUGAAUUUGGUGGCUAAAUUAUUCAUAAAUCCCGGAUUCUUAUAUAUACAAAAUGGAUGUUUUGAAAUGGAUGGACCAUAAAUAAAUAUACUGUGUGUUUGUGUGUGUGUGUGUGUAUGUAUGUAUGUAUGUAUGUGUGUAUAUAUAUAUAUAUAUAUAUAUAUAUAUAU